CUCCGAGGUAAAAAAAAAAUAAAAUAAAAAAUGAUGCCACGUGGUUCGUGACCAGUAUCCGUGGCUUUCUACCUCACUCGCCGCGAGAAUCACAAUUCUUACAGCUCCGAACGAAGGAACCAAAAAUGGAUCUCUGUUCUUCUCUUUCCAAAUUCCACUCUCCAUUUCCAUCUCUCACAAUUUCCCCUCAAUUUUCUCUCCAUCCACAACUCUUGCAAAUCCCCCGAAACUCCUUUUCACAGUGCGGAAUCUUCCUCCGGAAGCCGCUGCCGCUGCCGCCGCCGUUUUCCCGCCAAAACAAUCUCUCCAUCAGAGCCGCCCAGGUUCCAAACGGAAUUGAGAAUGACGAUUUUGUCCUCGAAGAUGUUCCUCACCUCACCGAUUUCCUUCCCAAUUUGCCGUCGUAUCCAAACCCAUUGCAAAAGAGCAAAGCUUAUUCAAUUGUCAAGAAUACUUUCGUGAGCCCAGAAGAUGCGGUUGCCCAAUCUAUUGUUGUUCAAAAAAGUAGUCCUAGAGGAGUUCAUUUUCGGCGUUCUGGACCUCGAGAAAGGGUUUACUUCAAGCCAGAAAAAGUACGUGCGUGCAUAGUGACUUGUGGAGGAUUAUGCCCAGGAAUUAAUACAGUGAUUAGGGAAAUUGUAUAUGGCUUGAACAACAUGUAUGGUGUUGAGGAUAUACUUGGGAUUGAGGGAGGAUAUAGAGGGUUUUAUUCGAAAAAUACCAUGACAUUGACACCUAAAGUGGUUAAUGAUAUUCAUAAACUUGGCGGCACCUUCCUUCGUACAUCUCGCGGAGGACAUGAUACCCUCAAGAUAGUUGAUAACAUUGAGGACCGGAGAAUAAAUCAGGUAUACAUUAUUGGAGGUGAUGGUACCCAAAAAGGAGCUGCACUCAUUUAUGAGGAAGUUGAAAAACGUGGUCUUCAAGUGGCUGUGGCUGGGAUUCCAAAGACAAUUGAUAAUGAUAUUGCUGUGAUAGACAAAUCUUUUGGAUUUGAUACUGCUGUGGAAGAAGCCCAGAGAGCCAUUAAUGCUGCACAUGUCGAGGUUAACAGUUUUGAAAAUGGAGUCGGAAUUGUUAAGCUAAUGGGCAGAUACAGUGGUUUUAUCGCCAUGCAUGCAACUUUGGCAAGUCGAGAUGUGGAUUGCUGCUUGAUUCCAGAGUCCCCUUUUUAUUUAGAAGGAAGAGGUGGGCUUUUUGAGUUUAUUGAACAGAGGUUAAAAGAAAAUGGACAUUUAGUUAUUGUGGUAGCAGAAGGAGCAGGUCAGGAAUAUAUUGCGGCAGAAGUGCAUGCAGCAGGUGAGAAGGAUGCGUCAGGGAACAAGCUACUUCUUGAUGUUGGUCCAUGGUUGUCGAAUAAGAUCAAGGAUCAUUUUUCAAAGGUUCAAAAGAUGGCUAUAAAUAUGAAAUAUAUAGAUCCUACAUAUAUGAUUCGAGCUAUUCCAAGUAACGCCUCAGACAACAUUUACUGUACUCUUCUUGCUCACAGUGUUGUUCAUGGAGCUAUGGCUGGAUAUACUGGCUUCACAGUCGGGCCUGUGAACAGUAAACAUGCCUAUAUCCCAAUUGCUCGUGUGACAGAGACACAAAAUACGGUGAAGCUGACGGAUAGGAUGUGGGCUAGAGUUCUCGAGUCGACAAAUCAACCAAGUUUCGUUGCUUCUGAUCACGAAAGAAUCGACAAUGAGAUAAUAAAGGUAUAAAUAAUAUGAAUAUUACCUACCUCUAUCUGGGUGGUUUGUGGGUAGUAAGUUAGUAACUGAUUGUUGCGAAUUGAUUAGCCGUAGAUGAUCCGUUAAAAAAUAGUGAAGGGUGCUGCUAGAUCAUUUUGUAUUUUUGAGUUGAACUGUUGAUGUGAUAAAAAUCAGAAUUUGAUAGAUUUAUUCUAUAAGCUCAACUACAUGUACAAAUUGAUCGAUGAAUUGGAACUCCUGUAUGGGAGUGUGGAAUAUCAUCAGAUUCAUGGUGUGUAGUGAUUUUGAUUAAAAACUCGUGUAAUGACUAUACUUAUAUAGUUAUAUGAUAUAAUGGAUAUUGAUGAUA